AUGGACACGGACCAGUCGUCAUCCGAGCCCCGAGUCACAGAGUCCAGGCGCCGGAAUCGUAUGGGCCCGCGCGACUUCGGUCCGCCGAAAGCAUUCGAGAUACCACCAGAGUUGUACCAGAAAGCCAAAAACCAGAAUGACGAGCUCAACGACGACGAGGUGCACCGUGGCGAUGUCGUUGGCAAGGCGCUUGCUCACCCAGAAUCACUAACUCUGGCCGAAAAGUACGACGUCCUGGGGUGGACAGAGCCCGAGAGCUUGCAUGCCGCCAUCCAGCGGAUCAGCGGUCUCGAGACACCCGCAGAGCUGCUAGCCAAAGCUCAGGUCUCUCGCGACUCCCUUUCUUGGGACGAAAUAGAUCUCAUCGUGAAGCGAUUUCAGCUCAGCUCACCCACUCCCGGCACCUCUGGAGUCGAUAUGUGGCGUCAGGUGCCCGGCAAUCUCCAGGCACGAGCCUUGGUUUCCGCCUGUGAAGGAAUCGAUGACGAAUUCUUCAACCGCCUCACGGAGUUUUCCAUUGGAGAUGAUGGUGCCGUGGCCAAGAGGGUGGCCAAAUUCCUAAAGGAUAACCCAGAAGCUCUGCCGCCGCAACCAUCAAUAAGAAAUGAGCACUGUUACAGCCUUGCACAUUCUCGUGACGACGUCGUCUUGGGUAACUACCGCCCUUGGCCACCCCUCGGCCCGGGACGGUUUCCUGAGCAGUAUCCACCCACAGCUUCAGUAGUUUUUGGAAGGGAUCUCAAGGAACAAGGGAUUUUCUCGUACGCGCCCGUAGGAAGGGAACUAUACCAAUUGUGGGAUGACUUGUCUGAGGACGAAAGAGACCAGUAUAGGGACCGAGCCGAGGUGCUCCGCCAGGCAGCUUGGGAUGAAUGGUACAAAAAACAAGGAAGCAAACAAGGGGGUCGAGAUCCUCGACCCGUAAUGGCACUUGCAUCAGAGUGA